CAUUUCCGCCUCGACCAUGAGGUCAUCGGGGUAAACAGUAAAGAUGGCGUCGUCUUGCAGCGAAAAUCGCGUCCCGGUUGCAAGUUCAGCCGCAGCGGAAAAUCUGGCUAAAAAACUCACGGAUUUACCGACGGAGCUGUUAGAAUACAUCCUGUGUUUCCCCACGCUGGACCAUAUCGACAUCUCGAACGUGUCCUGCUGCUGCAAGCGGCUCCAUGAAGUGUGUCACGGCAGCGGGAAGGUCUGGGGACACCAGUACAAACUCAGGUGGCCUCGGCUACAGAGACUUUAUCGGUCGAACGAAUCCUACGACUGGCAGCAGGAAUUCCGGACCAGACUGAGGGUUUGUCUUCAGAUCCAACGCACCGUCCUGUCCAUCUCCAAGAGAUUCUUCGCUGAAGUCCCUUGCGUUGGUCAGGUUCUGGGUGACAGCUUUACAGAAAUCGAGUCUCUCGGGGCGCCUGAACACUUCUGUGAAGACGAGCUGCUGUCCAUCCUCAACUCGGACAGAAGGAAGAGUCUGACUCUUAAGUACUACGCAAAGAAAAUUCUCUACUUCCUUCGGCAACAGAACAUCCUGAGGAGCCUGAAGGGCUUUCUGGAGAGGCCUCCAGAGCAGCAGGAAGCCCUGGAAGGUGCGGUAUUGGUGGAUCAGUAUUGUAAUCCCCUGGCUGAUUUUACCCUCGAGAGCAUUUCUGCCCAGCUGGAGGACAUCAGGGAGAAAGUGAAGAAGUAUCUCAGAGUGAAAAACCCUUCUCAUCCCAGCCUGAGAUCAGCCCAAGGCGAGUGUGUAGUAGUAGUGCGAGAGUUCGAGCUUCAGCGCCAGGUCCUCAGCGCCCUCAACGCGGUUCUCUACGAACAGCUGCAGUUUAAAGGCAACGAAUGCGACUACUACAACCCGAUGAACUCGUACACACACCAGGUGCUUUUACGGAGGACUGGCAUCCCGAUCAGUCUCUCAGUGCUUUAUAUGACACUCGCCAGGAAGUUGGGGGUCGUUCUAGAGCCGGUCAACUUCCCCAAUCACUUCCUGCUUCGCUGGUGCCAGCGCCGGGCGAGCAGUGGAGAUAUCUACGACUACGUUUACAUCGACGCGUUCGGAAAAGGAAAGCAGCUGACGGCUAAAGAGUGCGAGUACCUGAUCCGUCAGCAGGUGACUGCAGAUUACUACAGCUCCAUCAGCACCACCGAACUGCUCCUACGCAUGGUGGGGAACCUCCUCAACAUCGGCAAGAGGGGAGAAGGCAGCGAGAAGUCAUACCAGCUUCUGAGGGACUCUCUGGAUCUCUACCUCACCAUCGACCCCGAUAAUGUGCAGUAUCUGCUCCUGCAGGCUCGACUCUACUUCCACCUGGGCAUCUGGCCCGAGAAGGUGCUGGACAUCCUGCAGCACAUCCAGGCAUUGGACCCGUCUCAGCACGGUGCCGUGGGUUACCUGGUCCAGCACACGCUGGAACACAUCCAAGACAAGCGACACGCCUUGGAGCCCGAAGUGAAGAGACGCAGCGCUCCUGAACAUAGCCAAGUGCAGUAUUCUGUUGGUCUCAUCAUGAAACACAAGAGGUCUGGUUAUAACUGCGUCAUUUACGGAUGGGAUCCGAAAUGCUCCAUGAGUCCAGAGUGGAUCGCCACAAUGCGAGUGCAUCAGCUGACCCAUGGCUCCAAUCAGCCGUUCUACAACGUCCUGGUCCAGGAUGGAACGUGCAGAUAUGGUGCACAGGAGAAUCUGGAGCCGCACUCCGCUCCGUUGGAAAUCAGUCACCCGGAAGUUGGCCGCUACUUCAGCGAUUUCUCCAACACGCACUACUUGGCCAACGAAGAGCUUCAGAGGCAUUACCCAGAGGACACUGCUGAGACACAGAGAGCCGUAGAGGAGCUCUACCGCUCUCAAGGCUCCGACUCGGGACACGCCGCAAGCUCGAAACCUGACCCCGACUCCACCGAACAUUAAACUCAACUCGCUCCGGUCUCAUCCCUCCCACCCCCCCUCUUUCACGUCUCACAGUUCUGUCGCAAGUAUAAACAUAUAACAAGAUCGUCUUUAAAGCCUCAUGACCGGGAUCCUAAUUUGCGGUCCUGGAAUCUAAACUAAUCCCACUUCUAACUGAGAUUUUAUUUAUUUUUUAUUCCAAUCCAUAAUCCUGGAUCGGUCGUGUAGGAUAGUUCAGUGUUUGACUUCAUAAUCCGCAGCGAGCUCGUCUUCAUCGACCAUCCCGAUUCUCACGCACUUACAAAUAACACUUUUUUUUCUAUUAUAUUUACAAUUAAAUAAAUAGUAAACAAGAGCUUGUGAAAGAUAUCAUGUAAAAAAAGAUGGAGUGCUUCAAAAACGGUUUUGGAGAAAGGAGAACUGAACCCAAUAAAAAAAAAACAGAAGCUCAAACUUA